AUGAACAAUACCGAAGCUAAUAACAACGCCCCCAACAACGUACGUGGUCCUGGACGCGGUCGUGGAAAUGAACAUGGAGGCAGACGUAGACGUGGCAGACGCGCUGGCAACUUUGUCUUUGUUGUCGAUCCUACCGUUCAGCAGAACACCACUCCUGUUAACAACGGUAACACCGAAGCUGGCAGUAACGCUAAUGUCGAUGAUGACGAUGAGCCUGAACAACUAUCUUCACGGUCCUACAAUGUAUGGCCUAAUGUUGCUAUUUGUAUCCUCCUUGAAAUUAUGGAUGAAACGAUGGCUGAAAAUGCUAGCACCGAUGUACUCAGGGCUUUUUUGGCAGACAUCAGCGAAACAAGUAUGCAAAGAAAGUGGGCAGAUAUGAAGCAGAGUUUUACGAGAGUAAGAAAUGCAGCAAGAGAAACCGGAGUUGGUGGAACUGUUCCAAACAUGCCUUAUUACGAAGAAAUUGCUAAGAUUACUCAGGAUAAUUCAAGCAUCCAGCCUGAAGUGAUCUACGAAAGCAUCAACAUGGAAGAGAGUAUCAGUCGUACUCGACAAAUUGCAUUGGAAGAUAUACAAGCAAGACGGCGACAAGAGACCAGAGAGAGAUACCGUAUGUUCGAAGAAGUAAGAAGUAGACGAGAGGCUGACAUGGAAGAGCAUAGACGUAGACGUAUGUCUGAUAUGGAGACUAUCCUGAAUAGAUUCGCAGUCAUUCGAAGAGGUGAUAGUGAUACCAAUCUUAAUGGUUCAUCUUCUACUGACAAUAAUCAUUAG